ACCUUUGCUUUUUUUCUUUUUCUCUCUCUAGUUCUUGUUCAUGUUCUUGUUUCUCUUUGGGAUUUGAUAUCAACUAGCUCAAUUCCCGAGGAAAAUUACUUUUUCUUUAUAUAAUUCAGAGAAGAUCAAUCAAUCUUCAUUUCAUCUAUUGAAGAAAGUUGAAUAAGUAAGAAGUUAGUGUAUGUGGCAAGUGAUAUAUCAAAGAUCCAAAAUUUCUUGUCACCAAUUGAUGAAGUGAUCAUUCCUUCAUCUUUGCUUAAGCUUCAACACUCUCUUGUUUAGAAGUUGUUGUUGCGGAUAAGAUGGAAUCAUUUACGCCCGUGCCUCCCGGUUUUAGAUUUCAUCCUACCGAUGAAGAACUUGUUGAUUAUUACUUGAGGAACAAAAUAACUUCAAAGAGGACUGACUUUGAUGUCAUUAAGGAUGUUGAUCUCUACAAAAUUGAGCCAUGGGAUCUUCAAGAACUUUGCAAGAUUGGAAGCGAUGAUCAGAACGAGUGGUAUUUUUUCAGCCACAAAGACAAGAAGUAUCCAACCGGAACUCGUACUAAUAGGGCAACCAAAGCCGGAUUUUGGAAGGCUACUGGAAGAGACAAGGCGAUUUACUUGAAACAAUGCUUGAUUGGUAUGAGAAAGACUCUUGUGUUUUAUAAAGGUCGUGCCCCGAAUGGGCGCAAAUCCGAUUGGAUUAUGCAUGAAUAUCGAUUAGAGACAGAUGAAAACGGCACUCCACAGGAAGAAGGAUGGGCUGUGUGUAGGGUUUUCAAGAAGAGAAUCGCUACAACACGUAGAAUGGAUGAUCUCGAAUCACCACAUUGGUACGAUGAACAAGUAUCAUUCAUGCCUGAUUUUGAUUCACCGAGGAGCCUAUCUCAUCCUUACAAUUCAUACCCUCGCCAAAAUCUAAACUACUUAUGCAAGCAAGAGCUCGAAUUGCAUCACAACAUGUCCCAUCACCAUCAUCAUCACGAUCCGUUUCUCCAACUUCCUCAUUUGGAAAGCCCUAAAAUGCCUCCUCAGCCAACCGCUAGCGAAAGCUGUAACUCAAUCGCUCAAUAUGCUACUCAAGAAGAUCAUUUACAUCAAAACAUGAUACACCAUCAUGUGAGCCCAAUGUUUAGCAACAACAACAACAACGAUCAAGCUGUUGAUCAAUUGACAGAUUGGAGAAUCCUCGACAAAUUCGUCGCAUCUCAACUUAGCCCAGAAGAAGCAUCUAGAGAAGAAGACCAUUACCCAAAUGCAACUUCCUUCCAUGUGACUGAUCAAAUGAGGCAAGAAAUGGCUUCAACAGAGUAUGCAUCAAUCUCCACCUCAGCUUGUCCAAUUGAUCUAUGGAAAUAAACUAUAUUAUAUAUCCUCCAAACCAUACAUAAUCAUAAUAAUACAUAUAAUAAUAAUAAUGAUGAUAAUAAUAAUAAUAGGAAGAUGAUGGUCUAAAAGAAAAACAAAAUCAAGGAAUUUUGAUUCAGCUUGAUGUACAUUAUUAUUAUUAUAAGACCUAGUACAUGGGAUAUACAUAUAUACAUGCAUGCUACCCAUUGUAUUAAUGAAUUAAAGGGUAGCAACCUUAAGAAUUAAGAUGCAUAUUAUAUAAAUAAUUGACUAUAUAUAUAUAUAUAUAUACAUAUACUAGAUGGUUUGUCUGAAUUGACUUUUUUAUUAAGUAAUAUUGUUGUUUUGUAUUGUUAUUUCUCAAAUUUGAGUUGUUGGAGAGAAGAUGUUAUAUAAACUACUGUCUCUUCCUACAUAAAUUUCUUCUCAUAUGUAAUGAGAAUUGAAUUACUAUUCUUUUUC